UAUAUGAUUUUUUUGAGUUCUGCAUUGAGAGUGAUCGGGACAUAAAAUAGAAAUAAGUGAUGACGCUUCGAAAAACAGUGUCCCGAUCAAAGUUCGUAAAAACCAGCUGUGGAAAUGCGUAGACAGAAUUUUACAGAUAGCGAGGGAAGUACUGAACUACACAGGGCUGCUAGAAAUGGUCUGCUGGAAAACUUGAAGGCUCUCUUGCAAACUGAUGUACAUCCCAAUGCAAGGGACAAGAGGGGCAAAACUCCCCUUCAUGAGGCUUGCUCUCAUGGGCAUGAGGAAUGUGCAAAGGAGUUGUUGGAUAAGGGCUCGAUAAUAAGUCCACACAAGACUAAUGGAUUCACUCCAUUGCAUUAUGCCGCUGCAGGAGGCCAUACUUCUAUUGUUCGCUUGCUUAUCUCAAGGGGAGCAAAUGUAGAUGAUACUGACAACAAAGGAGAAAGACCGCUUGAUCUUGCUGCUCGUAUUGGAUCAUUUUCAACUGUUGAAACUUUGUUGUUAAGCAAGGCAGAUGUGACUUGUAAAACAAAGAAUGGCCGGAGCAGUGUUCAUACUGCAGCGCUUAAUGGGCAUGUAGAAGUGUUGCAACUGCUUCUCAAUUUUGGGGCUAGCCCAGUAACAACAGAUAGUGGUGGUAGCCAACCAAUUCAUGAAGCGGCUGCUGGUGGGCAUGUUCUGUGUUUGAAUUUGCUUUCUACAUCUGGUGCAGAUAUCAAUGCUAGAGAUGGUUGUGGUUGCACACCAUUACAUCGUGCAGCUAUGGGGGGGCACAUUGACUCAGUUUCAUGGUUAAUACAGAUGGGUGGAGAUGUGGAAGCAAAGGAUGACAAUGGUUCAACACCUUUAUACUUGGCAGCAAGCAGUGGUCAUGCAAAUGUGAUUAGUAUGCUAGUCAAAGAAGCUGGAGCUGAUUCCUCAUUGGAAAAUAUACACCGAUCGCCACUUCAUGUAGCUGCUGGACGGGGAUACAUAGAUGCAUGUAAAGUGUUAUUGAGUUUUGGUGCUGAUAAAAAGGCAAAAGAUAAAGAUGGUAGAACUCCAUUUGAAGUUGCUAUGUCAUGCAAUCAAAUUGAGGAGGUUCAGAGGAUAUUAAGUGAAGAGUAAAGAUCUGCAAAAAGAAGUAUGAUGAUAUCAAGAUUUAAGUCUUAAAACUCAUUCCCCUAUUUUCUUAUUUCUUUACGGUUGUAUUAACUGUCACUCUCAUCAUUUCUGAUGUUAUGUGCACUUGCAUUUCUACUUUGUGUAGGUGCAGAUGUACGUUUGUAUUUAUGUUAUAUAUAGUUCUUUUAAAAUUGACUCAUAAAAGCCUAGUUUGGAUUAUGACUUUGUUAAUCCAUAUACUUGAUGUAAUUUAGGAAAUUAGUCAUAAAGUUUGUACAUGUAUAUUUGAAAAUUGAAACU